GUGAAAAUUUGUUUUCUGAAAAAAUUGCAAUUUGUUUAAAUGUCGAGACGAUUAAAUUUGGAUCGGCGAACGCGAAAUUCGUUUCAAGUUGUGGCUUCAAGGAGCCGUGAAAGUAGCCAAGACAUUACACAUCGCAAUAAAAAUAAUCGUCUACGCACAACAAGGUCCCGUUCAAAUCAACGGAACAAUGGUGCAACAACAACUGCAAAUGAACGUCGUGAUAUUCAAAAUCUACAAGGUGUUGCGUUUGCUCACAGUAAUAUCACCAAUCACGCUUCUCAUAGGCAAAUUAAAAUUGGUCCAAUGAACGACCGUUGUCGCCAUUGUCAGGCAUUAAAAUUUAAAGGUGAAGCAGAUGGGAUGUGCUGUGCGAGUGGUAAAGUGAAAUUGCCUGAAUUAGGCAGCCCAACACAACCAUUGAGCACAUUACUUAAUGGAUUGACACCUGAGUCUAAUCAUUUUUUGAACAAUAUACGAAAGUAUAAUUCGAGUUUUCAAAUGACAUCUUUUGGCGCCACAAAUAUUAUAAGAGACAACUUCAUGCAAACAUUCAAGAUUCAAGGUCAAAUAUAUCAUCGAGCUGGCUCUUUGUUACCUUUCGACAACGCAGACCACCAAUUUUUGCAAUUAUAUUUUAUCGGGAACGCGGAAGACGAAGCUGAUCGUCGGUGUGCCAUAAUUACCAACACGCGAAGACAAAUUAUUUUCGAUUUGCAAAAUAUGUUCCAUGAGCACAACGAAUUGGUUCAGGUUUUCAAAACAUCGCUUGAUCGAAUGCCAUCUGACGAUCAUAAAAUUGUUAUUCGAGCUGAUAAAACACCGGUUGGCGAACAUGCAAGGCGUUUCAAUGAAAAAACAGUUGACGAAGUGGCAAUAGUCAUAGUUGGUGAGCAAUUUAAUAAUCGUGAUAUUGUGCUUCACCGUAGAAAUGAACAACUUGAACGUUUAUCCGAGACUCAUCGCUGUUAUGAUGCACUACAAUAUCCCAUAUUGUUUUGGAGCGGACAAGAUGGCUAUAAUUUCAACAUUAAAAUGAUAAAUCCAGUAAACGGUCGAGAAGGAACAAAGAAAGUUAGUGCUAUGAAUUAUUACGCAUACAUAUUGAGGUGUAGAGCACUUUUCCACCAGUAUAUUGUUGACAUGUAUGCAAAAAUUGAAUCGGAGCGGUUAAAUUUUCUUCGAUUCAACCAAGCCAAAUUACGUUCCGAAGAGUAUGUUCAUUUGCGUGAUGCCAUUAACAACGAUGGUAAUGCACAAAACGUUGGAACUAUGAUAAUAUUACCAUCAUCGUAUGUUGGAAGUCCACGUCAUAUGUUUGAGUACGCGCAAGAUGCGAUGUCAUACGUUCGCCGUUACGGUCGACCAGACCUCUUCAUCACCUUCGUGUGUAAUCCGCAAUGGGAAGAAAUCUUGGAAUUAUUAUUUGUUGGCCAAACAUUGAAAGAUCGCCAUGAUAUUUUAGCACAUGUUUUUAGACAAAAAUUGAAAUCACUCAUGGAUUUAAUUGUCAAACACGGUGCAUUUGGGUCUGUUCAAUGUUGGAUGUGUUCAAUUGAAUGGCAGAAACGAGGUUUGCCUCAUGCGCAUAUUUUAAUUUGGCUGAUUGAAAAAAUAAGGCCGAAUCAAAUUAACGAUGUGAUUUCGGCAGAAAUUCCAGAUCCGACAGUGGAUCCUGAAUUGUUUGAAGUGGUCACCAAAAAUAUGAUUCACGGUCCAUGUGGUGCGUUGAAUUUGAAUUCACCCUGUAUGGUUGAAGGGAAAUGCUCCAAACGUAUUCUUGGCAUGUAUUUUUAGUUUUAGAUAGACGCAUUAAUUAGGAGUUGUUUAAGGCAUGAAAAAAA